AUGAUUUACAAUCUCGUUGUUGACCUCCGCGUUAACGUCGUCCGUUAUGCCAAUAGAAUUGAGGUCAAACAUGGACUGUAUAUCGCUUUGCAUGUGGGUCAUCAUGGCUCUGGAUACUGUGUGUUGACUCACUGAUGAGGGUCUUCCACAGAGAACGUGUCCGACUAUUGUGCUACAGGCGUUUCGCCCAGAUGAAAGAUUGAGAACUUUCUUAUCGCUGUGCACAACAGUCCAAAAAAGGUCGAUUCCAAUUAAAAUAUCGGGGCGAGAAAUUCUGUUUUUUCGGUUGGGGAUUUUAAUUCCCGCUUUUUUCAGAGCUGUUUCUUCUUCGUCUGUGAUGGCUGGUAUUUCUACUGUUUCCGUGAUACUUGGGGUAGUGAAGGCUUUGACUUCGUAGUAAUUUCCAUUCAGAGCGUGGAUAAAAAAUCUAACGCGUUUCGACAUUAUUACCAUAGGUUGGUUUCCGAAACUGACAAGAUUCAAUUGGACGUUAGACUCAAUAACUUCCAGAUCCAAUAAUUCUUUUAAUAGUUUCUUUCCUGUCUCCCAUUUUCCUGUGUGUUUUCGUUCUGUCGUGGACAAAGGGAGGUAUGAUGCUUGUGAUUGCACUUUUGGCAAUUCCUGCUAAAACAAUUUUCUACAGAGUGAUUUGCUUUAAGGCAGUUGUGACACAAAUUGUUUUCCUUCACAAAUUGUCUUCUAUCCGUAACACUUUUGACCGUUCUGCAGUCGCUUGAAACGUGAUUAUUUCUCUCGCAAUAUGUGCACGUUUUUUCUGGGUAUCUGUGAUUAUUUUCCCUGCUUGAUAUGUUUCCCGAAUAUUUCCCUUUUUGCCUGAGUGAAGUUACAUUGAGUGAGUGCGCAUAAUUUUCUUUCUUGACCGAGUGUCUUUCGAUGUUUUCCUCUCGCUCAAUAAUUGUUUCGAUGUCGUCGAGUAGUUCCGACAUAGUGUUGUAGCAUUUUCCAGCUUUUUGCUCUUCGUUUUUGGCGAGUUCGCCAAGGAUCCACUUAGGGAAUUUAUAACGGACUUCGUUUAGAAAAGCGUUGGCGUUGUUAGCUUGGGGGAAGAUGGUUCCCUUUCUCCUCCAAGACUAAAUGUAGAAGCCAACUACAUGGUAUGUUGCGCUGUCGCCUCCUCUCCCUACAGAGCUGCCGGAGGCUACUUUAUAGCCUCCGGCCGAGGGCUGUGA